AUGGAACAAGUGUAUGGUAAAUUCAGUGGAGCACACUACAAACCCAAACCAUUGAAAUCUGCAACACAAACUCGAUACUUGUGGACUGAUGCGUUUGCAGUUUGCAAUUUCCUUUCGUUGCAUGUGGAAAGUGGUCAAGAUUCGUAUUUGGAACAAGCUAAGGCACUUAUUGAAGAGGUGCAUCAAGUUCUUGGAAAGGAUCGUUCAUUGCAACAUUAUUUGGAUUUUUAUCAUUUUGUGUUUUUGCCAACUUCGAUUCAUGCCUAUCUCACCAAAUGGAUGUUUGCCCUCAACAGAACGUCACUAAUCACUCGAGAUGUCAAAUACAAUGAAUGGGCAAUUGAAAUGGCCCAAUCCAUGCAUAACAAGUUUAUCAAUCAUAGUUCUUCACGUGGAUUGAGGAUGUUCUGGAAGAUUUCUAUUGAUGGUUCGAGACCAGUUGUGAGAUCUGAAGGAAAUUUGGAUCCUUAUGAUGGUUAUGUUACUUAUAGACUUUUACAAUUGGUCAACCAGCAAUUAAAAGAAGGAAAGAAUGUGGAUGGAAGUGUUUUGAAUAGAGAAAUUGAAGAAAUGAAGGGAAUGGUGAUGGGAAAGUAUUUAAUGUAUCAGAGUUCAGAUCCUCUGGAUUUGGGAGAAACUCUUUGGUUGACCAGUUGGUUUCCUGAUGAAGAUUGGGCGAAUCAUAUGAGAAAAGUUGCCAUUUCUAAUAUAGAAGAGAUAUUCGAAAGCACGAUUAAGAGUACAAGAAGAAGAUUAGGUUUCAGAGACUUUGGUGUUUCGAUUGGAUUGCAAACUAUUCCAGAAAAUGAACAAGAUGGAGAAACUAGACGAAUUGUUGAGAAUAUUCACUCCCUAUGGAAAGAUCAUCUAUUCGAAAGAGAUCAUGACAUAACUCCGGUCAUGUACUGUUCAUCUCUUUUACCUGGCGUCUUCAAUCCCAACUUUCUUUAUUAG